GGAUUAAUAUUAAUUACAGUUUUGUCUAUGCAUUGUAUUCACAAUGUAGGUGAAUAAAAGCAAAAGAUGGCGCAGGCGAGUGUAUUCGAGUCACGAGAUUUGCGAAUGUUCCGAUAGAGAAGUUAGUUAUAAGCAAACUAAUGUUGAGAGAGCACGCAUUAUUUUGUAUCAUCUCAAUAAGUAGUAAUAAAAUUUCUAAAUUAUUCUCAUUCAUCGAGCUUCUCUCCUAUAGCAAGAUUUAACAAUACUAUCAUUUGCCAUAACGUACAGAUCGUAUUCAUAAUGUGGCAUUCAAGUAAAUCUAUCAUUUUCGUUACUAUCAUAAGUAUGGAAAUCAUUCAUGGUUUACAUGCUAUGUCUAUAUCGAUUUAUCCGGAAAAAUUUGAGGAAAAUCUCAAUAUUUAUUUGGGAGAACCGAUGGACAAAUGCGACAAUCAGAAAGACGAGAAUGUACAACUUGUUAAUAUGGGUUUGAGUUCAGUGACAGAGAAUUUCAUCACCAGCGUUAACGUGAAAUCUAUUAAUCUCGAGGACAAUAACAUCGUUUAUAUCUCUCCUAAUGCUUUUAAAGCUGUUCCAAAUUUGUCAUGUCUCAACAUUCGACGAAACAAUGUAAACAAUAUAUUCAACGUAUUUCUAAAAUCAUUUAACCAUACAUUAUUAAAUAAAUUAAAUUUAGCUCAAUCAAUAUUUAAAAAGACUUCUUCGGAAGACUUUUCUUUUGAGAUUCUAGAUAGAUCAAUUACAACAAAGAACAUUGAGGCAUCAUCAAAAAUGUAUCUACCUUAUGUAACGCACUUAGAUUUGAGCGACAAUAACUUGGAAGCUCUUCCGGAGUAUAUCAAAACUUCAUUUCCUCGCUUGACGCAUCUUUAUUUGUCAGAUAAUAAUUUGAGAUCAUUCAAUUUUAUACCUCCGACAACGGAGUAUUUGUAUUUGGAAAGAAACCGUGCCUACGUUGACUUGACAAUUUUUCCCAAAAAUAUUAAUGGGCUAUUUUUAAACGAUAAUAAAUUUAACAAUUUUAUGAAAAAUUAUGAAAACCUAAGAAUAUUAUCUAUUCGUAAUUGCAGUGAUGUUCUUUAUUAUAUAAAAUAUCUUAAUAAAGGAAAGCUCGUUGAUUUGGAUAUAUCAUCAAACCGAUUAAAUGACAUUCAAAUAAACUUUUUCAGAGAUGCAAAAUAUUUAAAACGUUUAUCUUUAGAUAGAAAUUCUCUUUCUUCGUUAUCAUUUUUAACCCAUUUAGUUUCUCUUACAAAUUUGUCGAUAGCUUAUAAUAAGCUUAUCAAUAUUAAGUCAGAUUUUUUUGUAAAUCUGAAAAAUUUGCAGACAUUAAAUUUGCGAGGUAAUCGUAUAGAGAACAUUGACAAAGAUGCUUUUUUAAACUUAAGAAUGUUAGAAAAACUUGACCUUGCAGAAAAUAAUCUGAGUACGCUUCCUGUUACAUGGAUGAAUACCUUAACAGGGUUGCGGUACCUUAAUUUGAAAUCUAAUUCAUUUUCUAGCAUCGAUAGCACGUCUAUAUAUGCUUAUUCGAAUCUAAAUCAGUUAUUCUUAGGGAACAACAACUUUAUACAAAUAGACAUGGAAAGUUUAAUGAAAUUACCUUCAACUGUUAUUGUUCAUGUGUCAUCGAUAAAUAAUUCUACAUGUGUAACGUAAAUAUGUUUUAUUAUAAAUUCAAAAAGAUUAUCUACUAUCACACAAUAAGCAUAUUAUUAAUAAACAUUUAUAAUAUUCUUUAUUACAUAAAAUAUUACAAAUAAAGAAGAUAAAU